CUGUGUGCACUGAGUCAUUAAAAACCUGUGGAAUAGUCAGCCAUGGCUGCACAAAAAUAAAUAUACAGCUGACUCCUUUGCUGUGGUGUGCCUGCUGCUGUUAACUGUGAUGACGAUUUCAGACCCUUCAACUCAAGUCUUGAUAGAGAAAGUUUUUUAAUCGAUGUCAAGCUAUGUGGCCUCAGCAACUUUGAGAAGUCCCUCUGUACCAAGCCCCGUGUUUGAACCGCUGUACAGAUCAGGCUGUUAGCAAAGCAGUAAUUUCUAACGGGAAGAAGAGCAGAGCUGAGUAAGUUAGCCGCCGUAAGUAGGGGGUUUUCUAUUGAGAGGAGAGAGCCGUACGUGUCUCCCUCCCUCCCCGAGUGACAGCCCCGCGGGGGCGGUGCUCGCGGGGCCUGAGGCCGGUGCCCGCGGCGGGGGCGGCCCGGCCCGGCCCGGCCCUGCCUGGCGCGGCGCGGGGCCGCUUCCCCCUCGGCUGGGCUGCGGCUCUUAAGGGCGGCGCGGCGCGGCCGGCCCCAGAGCGCCGCCAGCUCUGCUGCCGUGCUCGGCCCGGGCGGCCCGCAGCGCAGCCGAGGCCGGCAGCGGCGGCAGCGGGGAGCCCCAUGCGGCACGGGCGGCCCUAGGCUGCGCGUCGGCCGCAGCAUGCCGCUCCCUCUGCGCCUGGCGUGGCUGUGCUGGCUCUGCAGCGUCUGCCGCGGGUACUUCGAGGGGCCGCUGUACCCCGAGAUGUCCAACGGGAGCCUGCACCACUACUUCGUCCCCGACGGGGACUACGAGGAGAACGACGACCCCGAGCGGUGCCAGCUGCUGUUCCGGGUGAGCGAGCAGCGGCGGUGCGGCGCGGCGGCGGCGGGCGGCGGGCUCAGCCUGCGCGAGGAGCUGACGGUGCUGGGGCGGCAGGUGGAGGACGCGGGCCGGGUGCUGGAAGGCAUCGGCAGGAGCAUCUCCUACGACCUGGACGGGGAGGAGAGCUACGGUGCCUACCUGCGCCGCGAGUCCGCCCAGAUCAGCGACGCCUACUCCAGCUCGGACCGCUCCCUGAGCGAGCUGGAGGGCAAAUUCCGCCAGGGCCAGGAGCAGGGCGGCCGGGAGGAGUCCCGUCUGGGCGACAGCUUCCUGGGGCUGCUGCUGCACGCCCGCGCCCUGCUCCGCGAGACCCGCCACGUCUCCAGCGGGCUGCGCGAUAAGUACGACCUGCUGGCCCUCACGGUGCGCAGCCACGGCGCCCGCCUCAGCCGCCUCAAGAACGACUAUCUCCGCGCCUGAGCCCGGAGCGGCCGAGCCCGGACCCCCGCCGGCUUCCAGAGACGCCCCCAGCCUAGCGCCGGUCCCCCGGAAGGCACAACCCUAGUGUCCGCCUGGAAGGAGCACCUCCUUGGACAAACCCUAGAAUUACGAAGCUCAGAAAAGACCUCCGAGAUCGUCAAGUCCAACCUUUGAUUGAGCACCACCACGCCCACUAAAUUAUAUUGAGAAAUGCCACAUUUGCUCGUUUUUGAACGCUUCCAGGGAUAGUAACUCAACCAAAAUACAUUCUUCUUCAUGGAAGAAAACUUUAUUUAUUUUACUUUCUAAACAAAUAGCACAAUUCUAUAAACCAGGAGGUUCGAGGUAUGUUUAAGUUAAUAUCCCAUAUGCAAAAGUCUGCCCUCUGUCAUAUCAUUCAUCUUUGGUCGCAAAAUGAAAUAAGCUUUCUCAUCUGUGAUUCCCUGUUGUUUGUUUUUGUAUCACCUGUUCUGCUGUGGCUCACCUGCCCUAAGUGUAGCUGAAGUGAGGUGCUGGCCAGCUCCUUCCAGGCUUUUGUGUAGCAAAUACUUAAAUUGCUUUUGUUGUUAGUCCUUCAGGGUGACACCUCUGGCCCUCUAUUAACUUCCUUUCUAAUGAUAUGUAUUAUAUGCUCCCUAAAUGUUGUUCCACUGCAUAAAGCUGUAAUUUUCAUUUUCGUUUGGAAAGAUGGGAACUAUUCUGGCAUGAUUUGUACUUCCAGGGUUGCUUAUCUGUGACUCUAAGCUAUCAUAACCUAGGAAGCAGCCAAAAAGUCUUAUGUCAGAUCCUGAGAAUGCUGGUGGAGAUUUUUAUAGCAAAAAGAAUGAGCCCUAGUGAUGAUCAGAGUUUUGGAUCCCAGAGUUGAGAGCCAGGAGCGUGUUUCUAAAGCGGACGAAAAGGUUUCGUCUGCGCAAGCACAUUGACUUUUCCUGUUGGUGACUUUGUACUUUUGCUAGCUAAGUUAUUAAUGUAACUUUGUGGUCCUAGACAAUAGCAAAAGUGUCUGGUGGGAAGGAGGGUGGAGUUUUUAGACUCAUUUCUAUUUAACUGACAAUUUUGGGUAAUGUGGCUAUUAGGUUACAGAUACUGCAGGCAGAAUACCUGUUGGGAUGAAAAGAGUUUAUAGGUUGUUGUAAUAAAUAUUUGAAACAAAUGUUAAAGUACAUUUUUGUUAUUAGUUUCCGAGACGCUCUUGAUUUUAAAACGUUCUGUUGAAAUGUGUCUUUUCAGCAAAACAUUGAAAGCUUGUAGCCCCUGCCAAGUGAAAUAACUUGCAUUUUAGUAAAAACAAAUAAAAAUUUACAGACUCAUGAGGUAAUCAAGUUACAUUAAAAGCAACAAUACAAAAGGGCUUGUGGGGCAGACUUUUUUGAGUUUUUAAGCCUUUUUAAGCACCCGUGGAAGAGAAGCUGAUGUACUUCGGAGGUCUGUUCUUGUUAACCCUGCUCCCAUUUAGUUAUACUUCAGUCUGCAAACCAUUCAGUGGGUAAGUUACUCAGCAGUGCAGUGGGUCAGCAUAAGUCAGCUUGGACUAGAGUGCUGAAGGCACCAGGAAAGUCUCAUGAAGGUAGGUGCUUACAGAACCAGACAGCUCAUUUUGCUGAAGGCAGUGAAAUGUAGCCUACUGGCAAGAUAUUUUAGAUGUCAUUUUGCAUUUUUAAGUCCUCAGUAUUUUUAAAGAUUUACUGGAAAAAAAAGGAAACAUUUGACUCUGGUGGAACCACUCAAUGUUAUUUUUCUGUUCGCAAGUUAGAAACUAUAUGACAAGUUUUAGCUCUUAAAGAUUCAUUUUUUUGUGGUACUUUCCUUGCCACUAGAGACGAAUGGCACAACAGAAGAGUGAACCGAGUCACUGAGUCUUGUGUGCCCACUAUCUUAGCAAAACAUAAUAGCAUUUCUGGGCUGGACCAGGCUCCAGAAGUGCCUGAGACCAGUCUCCCCCGAAGAUGUCAUGCAGUUCCAUUUGUGCCCAGAGGCUUCUUGAAGAAAGUUUAAGUCUGUGUUUUACCCACUUUGAGUCAUUUGUUACAUGAAUUGUAAACAUCAGUAAAUAAACAAAAAUGGCAUGACUGUGCUGUUUAUUAGGUAUAUUAGAGCAGUAUUCAAAUCCCAAUAGAAAAAUAAUAGUAGUGUAAAACACAACUUCUGAAUCCUUUAAGUAGCUUGACUGUUCUAUUUACAGUAGCAAAUGGUUGGUCAAGCUGAAGCUAUUUCAGUGUAUGCAGCUUACCAAAAGAGUAAAUGUUUGCAGAAAGCUUACAUUUCAAAGCAGGAGAUGUGUGGGUAUUUACUCGUUCCACUCAGUGCCCUGUAAAUUACCAUCUAAUGAAACAAGACUGUGGUACUUUACAAUCCACACUAAUGUUUCAUAUGAUAAAUAUGAAUUCUUGACAUUUUAUGUUUCAGUAAAAUAUAAACAUUUUUCUAUUUUAAAUAUGGCAAAAUUCUGGGUUUUUUUUCCAGUAGCAUUGAUUUUUGAAGGCUUUAAAUGGUCCUUUCUAGGACAAAAUAAAGAUACCUGAGUCUGGUCUAUGUAUAAGUUCACACAUUUAAUAAAAAUAGUCAAUCUUAUGUAGAUUUGAUGAAGGCAAUACAAAAAUCUUUUAGGACAUUUAAAUCUACUAGAGUUUGAUUUACAUCAUUUUGGCUGACCUAAGCAAAUUUAUAUGUUAAAUAUAUCACUUUUGAGUCAGAGCUGAUACAUUAAAUGGUUUUUAUAGAGCUGCCUGCAAGAACUGAGUGCUUAGUGAUAUUCAGCAUUUAAAGUUUUAAAUUCAGUUUUUUUCUUUAAAAACUAUGAAAACUAUAUUGCAAUACUCUUUGUGAUCUUAUAAAUGUCUUGCUUUUGCUUUUUAUCUGGAAAAGCUUAUUAGUUUGGAAGGUAUAAAGAUCCCCUGGAUCUGGAUCUUCAUGCAGCCUAUUUUAAACAGUAAACGCUCUUUUAUCAUUGAAAAUUUGGUAAUUAUUUUUAAGCCGAGAGCUUUAAAAGGAUGAUUGUAGCAGCAGUCAUCCCCAUUAUGUCCUUCUGUUAUGUUAAAAUAUUGUAUCGGUACUAGAUUCUCUUUUCUUUUUCAGAAUGUAGAAGUUUGAGCUAAAAUUGAGCUGACAGUGGGGGUUUUUUGUAGUUUUUUGAUUAUUUUCAAAACAUGUAUUAUUUCUGAAUUUAUUAAAGAGUUGAUGGUGCUGAAGAGCAAAAGAUGAUUUUCUGGAAAAAAAAUGCUGCAGCUGGAACAGUCAUAGAGAGCUCACUUAAUACUUGAGUUUUUCAUCAAGGGGAACAGGCUGCCCAGAGAAGGUGUGAAUGUUCCAUCCUUGAAAGUUUUCAAGGCCAGGCUAGAUGGAGCUCUGAGCAACCUGGUCUAGUGGAGGGUGUCUCUACCCAUGGCAGGUGGAUUGGAAUGAGAUGAUCUUUAAGGUCCCUUCCAACUAUGAUUAGAGUCAAAGCAAGGCACUAAGGAACUCAGCUGCACUUCUCUCCAGGUAGCUCACUUUUGAAGGCAGUGCUCUGAUGUGGACAUUCUCACAUCCACUGAUACACACAGAACAAAAGAAGCUCAAAGCAUGCAGAAAACCAUUAACAAAAGCUUGAGAAAGAAAAGUGUACUUGCUUUAUGCCAAGUUAAUGGAUAGGAAUUCAGGGGGGAGUGUGCAAACUGGAUUUCAAAACUGCAAUUUUCAGUUUCACAGGUUGACUUACCCAGGACCAUCAUCACAAAGAGAAGUCAAGCAAAGCUUUCAAAACCUUGGUGAGCCUUUAAAAAACCUUACGUGUGCCAAGCUGGGGUGUGUGAAUUGUCUGAAGCUAAAUUGUUGCUCCUAUAGGAGCAACAUAUAUAUGUUGCAAUAAAUAUAGGUUGUCAUGUACUCAGAUGCAGUUUGGCAAGACAUAAACCUCACGAGCAAAAAAUAUACCUGGCUUAGUCACUAGAAACAACCUUGUGAGCUACAGAGCUCUGGUUAUAAUCUUGUCUAGGAAAUGUGUAUUUUGUGGAGAAAUUCUAUUGGAUGUGUCUGUUACUGUUGGUGUGGCUGUUUAUUUACAUGGUCUUUAUGUUGCUUUACCAGUUUUUUGCUCAUGCUUUUUUGAAUAUCAAUGUUGUGACUAUUAAAGAAAUUUUCAGCU